AGAGGAGCUUCAGAGAGCCUGACGACCGACAGAGGAGCGGAGCAGCCGGGCUGAGCAUCACUGAUGGAGUGAAACCAACCACCGCUGCUUCAACAUCAACCGCUUUAGGAGAGGAGAGAGAGCGCGUGCUCCGCGAAGCUUCACCAUGCUCUUCUAGCGCGAGCGCACACGGGUUCGCCUCUAAGAAAAUCAACUUUGGAGCCUUUAUUUUUACCUUCAUUCCUGUUUGGACCGUGAGCAACUUUUUCCUGUUUAAAUCUGCUGCGUAUUUCACUCGCUUGUUUGGAACCUGAGAAGCUUUGGACGAGAUGGAGAGCGAGAAGUACCUACCGGAGCUUCAGGCGGAGAAGGACACGCUGGACCCGUCCUUCCAGCACUCCCUGCGGCUGCUGGAGCAAGAGAUCGAAAAAAUCCAGAGAGACGAGGGGAAGGAGGAGGAGAAGUUCAUUGACGUCGUCAUCAACAAGAACAUGAAACUGGGCCAGAAAGUUUUAAUACCAGUCAAGCAGUUUCCUAAAUUUAACUUUGUCGGCAAACUCCUCGGGCCACGUGGGAACUCGUUAAAGAGACUACAAGAGGACACCCUCACAAAGAUGUCGAUUCUUGGAAAAGGAUCCAUGAGAGACAAAGAAAAGGAAGAAGAGCUACGGCAAAGCGGCGAGGCCAAAUAUCACCAUCUGAACGAAGACCUGCACGUUCUCAUCGAGGUGUUCGCGCCGCCGGCCGAGGCCUACGCCAGGAUGGGGCACGCUCUAGAAGAGAUCAAGAAGUUUCUCAUUCCGGACUACAAUGAUGAGAUCCGACAGGCCCAGUUGCAGGAGCUCACAUACCUGAACGGCGGCUCAGAGGAUGCCAAGGUGCCAUCGGUCAGGGGCAAGUCAGCCGCCCGUGGCAGGGGGACACCUGUUCCCGGGCCUCCAAGGAGUCGUGGAGGAGUUCCUCCCCUGCAUGCAGCAGUGCCGCGAGGAGCUGCGCCCAGAGGAGCCCCGCCCAGCCGGGCCCCGUCCUCCAGAGGGAGAGGAGUCCAGAGAGCCAGAGGGGCCCCACCGGCUGCCAGCUACAGGGCGGCUCCGCCCAUAGUGCAGGACACAUACGAGGAAUAUGACUAUGACGACGGCUAUGGAACUGCUUAUGAUGACCAGGGAUAUGAAUCUUAUGACAACAGCUACAGUAAUCAAGGACAAAACUCAGAUGACUACUAUGAAUACGGACACAGCGGGGAGUCGUAUGAUUCGUACGGUCAGGAAGAGUGGGCAAACAGUCGCGGCAAGGCUCCGUCGGUGCGGACAACCAAGGGAGCUUACAGGGAUCAGCCAUACUCCAGAUAUUGAACUGUUUAUACGAGCCGCGCCCCAGUCCUCAUGGCAGUUUCAACUCAAGUAAUGGAUUUUUUUAUGGACGCUUCCCACCUUUUUAGAAUUGAAAACCAAUCUGCAAAGUAACACAAACAAAGCACCGAACUGAAAGUAACGGAACCCCCCCCCUCCCAAUGAUAAAGAAAUCGUACUGACUUGGUAUAAAAAAUCAGUAAAGCUAUCUAGGUAAGCUAUCCCUCCAUCCCAAUAUAGAGUCGACAGAAGUAUAAGGCUAAGAAAGACUCCAUAGUACUUUAAGUUCCUCUCUCAGCUAUGUGAUUGUGAAGAAUGACAUCGUAUCAAGCUAUUGUCCUCGAUAAAGAUCAGUGAGCCGCUCUAAGCUGGUGGGUCCAGUGUUUCCACACAGCUGCCAGUGGACCCUAAUUUAUCACCCUCUAUUCUUUAGACCUUUGAAAUGUUAGUAGAUUAGUUCUAGGAAAGUGCAGUACUGUAGAUAUUUUCUCCCGAAGGAUAAUUGGUGAACUUUGUGUCCCUUGUAAAUGAACAUUUACAAACUGAAAAAAAAAGAAGAGAAAAGUCAUUCUGUAUACACAUUGUAUCGCUGUUUCUUCCUUUUUUAUGUAAAAUAACAGUCCAGUUAGUGUUAAAGGGCUUAUAAAAGCAUGGUGUGCAAAUGUGGAUCUCGCCAGCUGUUUAAAAGCCUGUGUAGUUGUGCUCAUUCGUUAAGCCCCCCCCCCAAACAUCUAAGCCCAUCUAUAAAUAGCAGCACUGAAUUUCUGUAACCUCAUCCACCAUAGCUGCUAAACAGUUUGAGAGAUUUAAAAUGUCUGUCAAUUUUUUUUUUUUAGAUGCUCCCACUGAGCAAAUUGUGAUGCCCUUUGUUUUUUUUUCUUUUUUUAUAUAUAUAUAAAACAUGAUAUUGUGCUGAUAAAAAGUUUACAACACACCAGGAUAGACAUGAAUGUCAUAAAGCUCUGAGCAUUAAGGAUGGGUUUCAAGUUUUUUUUUUUUUCAGGGUUUUAACAUAAAAUUGGUUGCACAACAUUGAAUUCAUUAUUGACUUACUUGAAAGUUGUAGAGAGGCUCAAAUUGGUACAAAUGCGAUGACUAAUUUGUUCAGAUAUGUUUUUUUCCAAGUUGCUGAGAAUCAACAAUUUUUUUUUAUUUUUUCUAGUUAUCAAACGGUUUCUGCCAUAAAUCUGCCUCAAUGUUUGACAUAAUUCAGCAGAAGUUCAUUUUAUUAUAAGCGGUAGUUUUAUGAAGCGAUGAAUGGUGAAUGGGGGAGUGUUGGCCUAGUGGGUUAGAGCAGUGGGCAAGUACCCGGUUUGAUCCCCAUUGCCUGCACUCUGGGUCCCUGGGCAAGACCCUUACCCUGAAAUCCCACAUCCUCCGUCACCGUCCCGCUUCGCUCCAGACCACCUGCAGCCUCCGCUGUUCUUCCCAUCUUGCUGCGCUCCGUCUUCUGUGGAGCUUGAGGAGAGCAUGAGCGAUAUUAUCAUUAAAUUCAUAGGAGCAAAACAUGCAGAAAUUAUCGUUUAAGUUUAAUAUGACACGUUAUAAAAAUCCCCAUCAGCAUCCAGUAUAUGUGCAGUUUUUGCCCAAAUAUUUUCUUUUUGUUGUGGAUUUUUGUAACAGGCCUAACUAGGAUCAAACAAAAUAGUUUUUUAUGAACUG